AUGACCCAUGAUAAGGAUGAUGAGGCCCUGAACCGCUGGAAGGCCUCGCUCGGCCUCAACGCCGGCACCCCGAUUGGCGACCCCAGCGAUCCCCGCAAGUGCAUUAUCAAGUCCCUGGCCCUGGAGGUCGAGGGUCGCCCCGAUGUCGUGAUCGACCUUUCCGCCUCGGGGGCGCUGGAAAGCCUCAAGGACAAGCCCUUCACCAUCAAGGAGGGCGCCACCUUCCGCAUCAAGGUCGUCUUCCAGGUGCACCACGAGGUUCUCAGCGGCCUCAAGUACCUUCAGGUCGUCAAGCGCAAGGGUGUCCGGGUCAGCAAGGAUGAGGAGAUGCUAGGAAGCUAUGCCCCCAGCACCACCGAGAAGCCCGUCUACGAGAAGAAGUUCAACCCCGACGAGGCCCCCUCCGGCAUGCUGUACCGUGGCCACUACAACGCCGUCUCAAAAUUCCUCGACGACGAUGACCACACUCACCUUCUGUUCGAAUGGUCGUUCGACAUCGCCAAGGAAUGGCCCAACUGA